AUGACUACCCACCGCGCCGAUGAAAAGCGUUUCCUCGACGAACGUGGCAAUACUGGCCCGCUUGCUCCCAACGGCCUCAAUCCCACCACUAUCCUCGAAAAACCUGUUCGCGAACGCAUUGUGGAUUGUUAUUUCUGGAAAGACCAAUGUUUCGCUCUCAAUGAAGCCGAUAUCGUAUCGCGCGUUGUUUCCCAUGUUACGUUCAUCGCCGGCACAUACGGGGAUUCGCAGCGGCCCUCGCCGUUUUUAUGUCUGGCCUUUAAAUUAUUACAACUAGGGCCAAGUGAUGAGAUAUUACAGGAAUACAUGGGAUACGGGGGAGAGAAGUUCAAGUAUUUGAGAGCACUAGCAUUGUUUUAUUGGAGGAUGACAAGACAGGCUAAAGAUGUCUUCAUGGUGUUGGAGGGUUAUUUGGACGAUAGGAGAAAACUGAGAAGAAAGACAAGGACGGGGACAACGCUGACGUUCAUGGAUCAAUUCGUGGACGAUUUGUUGACGAAGGAUAGGGUGUGUGGCACGACGUUGUGGAAGAUGCCGAAGAGGGAGAUACUGGAGGACCUAGAGGUAUUGGAACCGAGGAUCAGUCCAUUGGGAGAUAUUGAGGACCUGCUAGAUGAGAGUGAGGGUGAGGUCGAGGUGGUGAAAAACGGUGCGGGAUCGGAGAGUGUGGAUAGUCCUGGGGAGGAAUUCGGGGAGGAAGCGGUAGAAGGAGAGAAAAUGGAUGUGGUCGCGUCAAAUGAAGCUUCUCCGAACGGGCAAGAUAGUCUGUGA